AUGGCCGCCUCCACCAUGUCUGUCUGCUCUGACGCCUGCACCAACUCCUCCUGGCAGGUGGACGACUGCCCAGAGAGCUGCUGUGAGCCUACCUGCUGUGCCCCCAGCUGCUGCCAGUCCAGCUGCUGUGCCCCCAGCUGCUGCCAGCCCAGCUGCUGCCAGCCCAGCUGCUGUGUGCCCAGCUGUUGUGUGACCAGCUGCUGCCAGCCCAGCUGCUGUGCCCCAGCCCCCUGCCUGACCCUCAUAUGCACCCCAGUGAGCUGUGUGUCCAGCCCUUGCUGCCAAUCUGUCUGCUGCUCACCCUCAUGCUGCCAGCCCUCCUGCUGUCAAUCUUCCUGCUGUGUGCCUGUCUGCUGCAAGCCUGUCUGCUGCACACCCAUCUGCUCUGGAUCCUCCUCAUGCUGCCAGCAGUCUAGCUGCCAGCCCUCAUGCUGUCAAUCAUCCUGCUGUGUGCCUGUCUGCUGCAAGCCUGUCUGCUGCAAGCCUGUCUGCUGCAAGCCCUGCUCCAGUGUGUCCCUGCUCUGCCGCCCUGUGUGCAGACCUGCCUGCUGUGUGCCCACCUCCUCCUGCUGUGCCUCCUCCUGCCAGCCCAGCUGCUGCAAGCCCUGCUCCAGUGUGUCCCUGCUCUGCCGCCCUGCCUGCUCCCGCCAGGCCUGCUGUGGCCUCUCCUCAGGCCAAAAGUCCAGAAGCACAGAGCUCAGGACCAAAGCAGAGUCUAGCUGGAACCCUCAAGCCUCACCCCUGCAGAACCCUCAAGCCUCACCCCUGCCAUCCUACAUCUGCCCGCUAGAUCCUGUGGACGACUGCCCAGAGAGCUGCUGUGAGCCUACCUGCUGUGCCCCCAGCUGCUGUGCCCCCAGCUGCUGCCAGCCCAGCUGCUGUGCCCCAGCCCCCUGCAUUACUCUUGUCUCUUUGGGCUCUGCACCUGGCUCCGGGGCCUUCACCCCACUCCUGGGCCUGUACCUACCCCUGAGCUAUGCACCUGGCUUUGGGCUUCGCACUUGGCUCCUGGGCUCUGUAUUUGGCUUCUGGGCCUGCAUCUGGCUCUGGGCUCUGCACCUGUCCCUGGGGCCUGCAUCUGGCACUGGGCUCUGCACCUGGCUCCUGGGCUCUGUAUCUGGCUCUGGGCUCUGCCUCUGGCUGCUAGGCCUGCACCUGCCCUUUGACUAUGCAUCUGGCUCUGGGCUUUGCACCUGGCUCUGUGAGGCCUGCACCUGA